ACAUGGCUCCACUGAACCGCCCAGCCCCUGUGGAGGUCACAUACAGGAACAUGAGAUUUCUUAUUACACACAAUCCAACCAGUGCAACCUUAAACAAAUUUAUAGAGGACCUUAAGAAAUACGGAGUUACCACAACAGUAAGAGUAUGUGAAGCAACUUAUGACACUGCUCUUGUGGAGAAAGAAGGUAUCCAGGUUCUGGAUUGGCCCUUUGAUGAUGGUUCAUCACCCUUUAACCAGAUUGUUGGUGACUCGUUAAGUCUUUUAAACAUUAAAUUUCGUGAAGAACCUGGUUGUUGGAUUGCUGUUCACUGUGUUGCAGGUCUUGGGAGAACUCCAGUGCUUGUUGCCCUGGCACUAAUUGAAGGUGGAAUGAAAAAUAAAGAUGCAGUACAGUUUAUAAGACAAAAGCGGAGUGGAGCUUUUAACAGCAAGCAACUUUUGUAUUUGGAGAAACACCGUUCUGAAAUGCGGCUGCGCUUCAAAGACUCUAGUGGUCAUAGAAACAACUGUUGCAUUCAAUAAAACUUGGCUGCCUGCCUCAUGCUGUUGCCUUGGAAGUCAAACUUGAGACAGGACUUAAUUUAUCGUACAUAUUAGCCAACAUAAUAGGCUUAAUGAAUGACAAGUCUAAUGAAGCUUCCAUAGGAAUACUGAAAAGCCACAAGCUUGACAGAAUUGCAGCCUCUCUGUUUGGCUUACUACUAUCCCCAUGCCAGAAACAAUAUAUAAGAAAUUGAGAGAUUAGGUGCCAAAAUACUCAGCACAAUACUUGUAUAUUUUUAGUAUCAUACAGAAUUAAAAUCCUAGGAAUUAGGAACAGCACUGUAAACCAUAUGUGGUUUAUUCCUCCAGUCAUCUCAAACAUUGCAAGUAAGACCUAUAUGGUUAUUUGUCUGCUCCUUUACGUUUACCACCCCACACGUGUACCAGUAUGCAUCAGAGGGUCUCCACUGAGGGAAAGAGAAACCCAGCAAGGCUUUAGAUGGUCAUGUGAGGCUGGUGCAACAGAUUGGAAAAUUGAGAAGCUUGGCUAGUUUCAUGUUGCAAGUUGAGUUCCUCAGGAAACAGGUACUGAAUCUGAGAUUUGCCUUUGGAAGCUUACUGGGGAGUCAUCUCAACAACACUUGAGAGGGAGCAAGAGAACCAGGAUGCUGCAGAAGUUGAAUGGUGAUACAUACAGUUUCAACGGUGACCUUAGCCCAUCUCCCAGGGAGCUCUGAAGCUGGGAUGGCCAUGUAGAGAUGUCUGCAAUUGUGGCAAGGGGGUUGGACCUUUGGACUCGAAUCAACCAGUCAUUGGAUUCAGGCUGUCCCUGGGGAUGAGGGCAUAACCUUGGAUGAAGCAUCUUCCUUCAGUCAACUGCAACUCCCAGCGGGGGAUGCAACUGUGAGCCUUCAGCUGAUAAUACUCCUGGCAGCUGGCCCUGAGUAAGUGUUUCAGACCUUUAGAGGGAUCUGGGUGGUACAACCACAGCAUCCACUAUACUAAAUGACACUUGCUGAGUUCUGGGACUAUGUAUGAGAGGCUGGGGAGUUAGAAUGAAGACUUUUAAAAGACAGAGGGAAAUUUCCCUUAACCUCAUAGUGCUUAGGAGACAAAGCCCUGCUAGAAGAGGUUUUAAUUCUCUCCAACACUUACUGUCUGUCUUUUUUAUUACAGCGAUUCUGGUGAGCGGGAAGUGUUAUCCCAUUGUAGUUUUAAUUUUAAUACAACUAAUGUUGUUAAACAUCUUUUAGUGUACAUUCUCUCACAUAUCUUUGUUGGUACUAUGUCGAUUCAAAUAUUUUGCCCAUUUUUUCAGUUGGGUUUUUUUGUCAUCCUACUGAGUUGUAAAAGUUCUUUACAUAUUCUGGAUCCAAUGCCUUUAUCAGAUAUAUAAUUUGCAAAUACUUUCUCCCAGUCUGUUACUUGUCAUUUUUUUCCUUAUUGGUGUGUUUCAAAGUGCA